AUGCAAAACUUGGUGGGGUACAUGCCUGACGAGAAGCUGCGGCUGCAGGAGCUGAGGAGGCGAUGGCUGAAGGACCAGGAGCUGAACCCCUGGGAGCCCAGUUGCCCCCACACAGUGUGGCCCCUGGAGAGAUUCUGGAAUAACUUUGCAGGCGGGCCCUUCAAAUAUCAUGUGGCUACAGAACCAUAUGCCAUUGUUGACAAGAAGCCCAGAAUAUUCCCAGGUGAUGCAAUUCCAGAGACUGGAGAAGUAAUUCCACCAAUGAAAGAUUUUCCUGAUCAGCAUCAUUGA